AUGCUGCACGGCAAAGAUGACAUCCAAUACAACUGGAUCAAUGGUGCGGAGUCCCUUGAAAAAUAUAAGCCCGGGGGCUAUCAUCCUAUCAUGAUCGGGGAUAUGGCGAUACCGCGUGGUGGACAAACUUGGUUUUGGAGGAUAUUCAACGUUGGGAUUGCGAACUCGCAUCCGCAUGAGUCGAAAAUUCUCCGGGCCCUCUUGGUACCACAACCAUCGUCUUUGUCCACACACCCAGGACGCAAGUCAAUACUGUUACCUCUUGAUGAAUUCGAGCUACGCGGCCCUAAUGGGACUCACCCAUGCUACACAAUGACUCCUGCAAGAUGCAAUCUUCGAGAGAAGUCUCUUUCAGCCGCCUGUUUCCUCUUGAAGUUACGCGCUAUGCUCAUGGAGACAUCUACCUUCGCAAUGUCUUGGUUAAACUACCAUCAAGCUUUGAUCAGCUUCCCAUCGAGCAGCUAUAUGAAACAUACGGCAAACCGCAGGCAGUCCCCAUUACACGGUGUGAUGGGAAACCACCAUCUUUGUAAAGAUGCGGAAGAAUUCUCAUUGUCUGACACCAAGCUGCUCCUUAGUGACUUUGGUGAAGCAUUUUCUCCAGCCUCAAAUGUCUGCCUUGGAGAAAAUUCCCACAUGCCAUUAGCUAUGCGGCCUCCGGAAGCACGAUUUGAACCGCAGUCUCCAUUAUCAUUUUCAGCAGAUAUUUGGAGUCUAGCCGUAACAAUUUGGGAAAUUCUUGGCAUGAAGGCGAUUUUCAGUAGAGAAUUGAUAACUGCAGAUGAAAUUGUCUCUCAGCAGAUCGAUGUGCUGGGACCAAUGCCCUCAAGUUGGUGGGAGCGGUGGGAUGAGCGGGAGCAGUUCUUCAACCGUGAUGGACAUCCAAGAGAAGACCGGGAUGUGUGGCCUCCAAUCAACGAAGCGUUCGAGGAAGGCAUACAAGGAUACCGUCGAAAGCGUGGAAUGGGCGUGUUUGAAGGGGAUGAAACGGCCGCUAUCCUCGAUUUGAUGCGUCGAAUGUUAGUAUUCCCGCCGGAACAGCGACCAACAGCUGAGGAAGUCCUCGAAUCAGAGUGGAUGCGUGUUUGGCCAGGAUCUUGGGAACUCGCUGAGCUAGCUAUCGAUCAAGUCGAUUUUAAGAUGCCUUUGGAGCAACAAGGAAAGUCGGAUCAUCAUGAGCUGGACAAAGGUCCAGGAGCAAUCCGUCUCUCUCAUGUGGCCUAUGCCGUUGAACCAGCGUACAUGACCAUGUCAUCUUAUGGGGUACCAUUGCUGGUUUGA